AUGACCAUUAAACGAUUGUACGAACCGUCAUACUUCUCUGACUUUAACUUCACAAUGAUCUUCAUAUUAAUUUUUGCAAUGUUCCCUAAUAUUAGUACUCCCUUCCCCCUGCGUUCCCAGAUCGGUAAACGAUCAGAUUGCCCACAACCAGGGGCGACGACUUAUGACAUCGUCAUAUAUGGAUCCACUCCGGCAGCACUUGUGGCAGCUAUCCAGACGACGCGUAUGAAUAGGACCGUUGCGAUUGUCAGUCCAUCAAGUCAUAUUGGUGGCAUGACCACGUCAGGCCUUGGUUGGACAGACUCCAAAAACGGAAAUGCCAUUGGAGGCAUUGCCAGAGAGUUCUAUAGUCGAGUAUAUAAUUACUACCUAUCCGACUCGGUGUGGACUAGGGAGACAAGAACAGAUUACAUCAACAAACAAAUAGCUGCACAGCCGGGACCAGCAAUCGAUGUAACAAACCAAGUACAGUGGACUUUCGAGGCACACGUUGCUGAAUCAAUAUUCGAAGACUGGAUGGAAGAGUUAAACAUACCAAUUUUUCGAAACGAGACUCUUCCUAUGUCGACUGACAGUGUAACGAUAAAAAACAAUCGAAUCACUUCCAUAACGACAGAAUCAGGUCAUGUGUAUGACGCAUUAAUGUUUAUGGAUGCUAGCUACGAAGGAGACUUUAUGGCGGCGGCCCAGAUCCCGUUUAGAAUAGGGCGUGAAGCACAAUCUGAAUUCGGCGAAUCCUUAGCUGGGAUACAAAUCGCAGCAACAGACGGUUACCUUGGAAUGUCUCCAUACCUUACACCUGAUGAUCCCGAUAGCGGCCUUAUUAAGGGAAUCGACCACAUCGUCACAGACGACGAAGCGAAGACGUUGAAUGGCACUGCUGAUAAUUAUCGACUUCAGGCUUUCAACUAUCGGCUUAGCCUCACACAAACAACCGACAAUCAGAUUCCUUUUACAAAGCCAGAUGAUUACGAUGAAGCUUCUUAUGAGAUCUUACUUCGCUAUAUUGAAGCUGGCUACCAUGAUCUGUUUUUCACCAAGCAACUCAUGCCAAACCUGAAAACAGACACAAACUCGAAUGGAGGAGUAAGCACUGACUUUUUGGGUGGAAACUUCGACAACGUCAAGAAAACAAAUUACAUUGAGGAAAGCUAUGCACAGCGCGCGGCGAUUCGCCAGACCUAUAAGACUUACACGCAAGGUUUCUUUUGGACACUUGCUAACCAUCCACGGGUACCUCAAAGAUUUAGGGACUCUGCAAGCACUUGGGGUUAUGCCAAAGACGAAUGGACCACCAACGGAAACUGGCCUUAUGAGAUCUACAUUCGCGAAGCCAGACGCAUGCAAGGAAAUUUUACUAUGACACAAGGCGACGUACAGACCCCUCAAACGUUUGCUGAUGACAGCGUCAUUGGCCUUGGGUCCUAUACUCUUGACUGUCAUGAAGCAGAGAGAAUCGUCAUUGAUUCAGAAGUUUACAAUGAGGGAUUGGUCCAUACUCCAGUUCCACAGCCUUUCCCUAUCCCGCUGGGCAGCAUUAUCCCACAAUCUUCCGAUGUGGUCAAUUUCUUGAACCCAGUUACAAUGAGCAGCACGCAUGUUGCUUUCGCAGCUAUUCGGAUGGAGCCGACUUACAUGAUUAUGGGGCAGAGCGCAGCGACAGCUGCUGUGUUUGCAAUUGAGCAGUGUGUAAAUAUUCAGGAUGUAGACAGGGCUCAGUUAAGCGACAGGCUGGCGGAAGAUAAGCAGGUCUUGUCUCUAUAG